UAAUUAUAUAUAUCCGAUCUGAUGCAGGAGUGGUUGAUCCGUCGGUGGCCAUGUCGUCCGCCUCCGCAACCUCUUGUGUUUAUGGAGAAUUUUGGAUUAACGACUUUGCCGGGCUGCACACAUCGGAUGAUUCCACUUCUAGUACAUCAUCAAAGGAGUUUCAGGAGUUCCAGGAUGCCUGGCUUGCUUGCGCCAAGCGCCAAAUGAGCCUCAGGCCCACGUCGCCGUCCGAUGAGGAGCUGAUGAAGCGCAAACAAGAGCGUUAUCGCAAGACUUUGGUUAUAGCGCUCAACACAUACGCCAAGCGAAACAAUAUGCAGAUUACUGAUUUUGAGUUAGUGGAAGAGAAAGAAAGGAAUCUAGUUUCUGGAAUGGUUGCAGGAUAUGUGCAUUCCAACUUUGUGGUGAAAGGUGUAGAUGGCAGACUGACUUUGUUCUUUGCUGAGAUGGAGCAUGAUUGCUUCCAGGAAGAGCAAGUUGUUCUCUGCACUCCGCUGGAAGACAAGGACGCUGGAUGUUGUUUUGGGUGCAAUAAACGAGCAAAGAAGCUCAGGCAUCCCACAUGUGGUGGCUACUUGGGUGGACUCGAGGAUGUGCCGUUUCCUGAUGUGGAGGAGGAUAGUGACGAUGAGUGCUUUAUUGAUUGAAUCUAUAUAUGUUCCCAACAAGACAAAGCUGCGAACUCGCUCUAGGCUAUAUGCUAAUGCGUAGGAUGAGAAGAUCCAUUACGGGAGUGCUUUGGUAUUUCUAAGGUUAACUAGAACCAUGCUUGUGAAAUUUCGGUUUUGAUGAUUUGGGGUAAUAAGUUAGAACGAGGCUCGGAUCGA